AUGGAGAACCAGAGCCGUCCCGAGGAUAUGCUGCUCCUGGAGGGGCUACAGGUCAGCACUCAGACCUCCGUCCUGUCCUUCAGCCUUCUCCUGCUCAUCUACAUCUUUAUUAUGCUGACCAACAUCAGCCUGCUCAUUCUGAUCUUUAGCAGCAGGAGCCUCGAGCAGCCAAUGUACAUGUUCCUCUGUAACAUGAGUAUUAAUGAUGUUUUUGGGGCAACAAUAGUCAUUCCUCACAUGCUCAAAGGUCUUCUACUGUUGAACUCAGAGCGGAGCAUGCAUUACGCUGACUGUGCCUUUCAGGCCCUCUGUGUUCACCUCCAUGCGAGUGCUUCUCACACUGUUCUCAUGAUCAUGGCAUUUGACCGGUACGUGGCCAUCUGCAACCCGCUGCGUUAUGCCACCAUCAUGACCAAGAGGAUGGUGGUGAGCCUGUCAGUCACAGCCUGGGCAACAGCUUUUGUGUUGGUAGUAAUACUUGUAGGUCUCAGCGUCCGCCUGUCGCGCUGCAGGUCAGUGAUAUUGAACCCAUUUUGUGAUAACGCCUCAUUGUUUAAACUGUCCUGUGACAAUGACAGUGUCCUUAUUAACAACAUCUAUGGCCUCGGCUACACCGUAGUCUUGCUGGGAUCCUCUAUUGGCAGCGUCACAAUAACCUAUCUGAAAAUCGCUAUCUUAUGUCUGAGCAGCAGAAACAAGGUGAUGAACAGUAGAGCGCUGCAGACCUGUACCACCCACUUGGCUGUGUACGUGAUCCUGCUGCUGUCGGCCUUCAUCAUCGUCAUUCUGCAUCGUUACCCUGACUUGUCAAGCCACAGGAAAGUGGCGGCUGUCCUGGGACAUGUGGCCUUGCCUGCUCUCAAUCCUGUCAUCUAUGGGCUGCAAAUCAAAGAGGUGAGGCAUAGCAUUGUUUCCGUGCUGUACAAGAACAAAGUGACUGCAUGA